AUGUAUCGCAACGGACGACUUGGUACGUCCACGUUGUCUGGUGCUUCAGAUUUACGGGUGUCGGGUGCUAUUGAGCUAUCAGAAGCCGCCAACACCGAGGCCCAGUUGCGAAACAGCGUAAGGGCGGGUGGGACCGCGCGUUAUGGCGUGAAGGUGAGGCGCGAUGGGCGUCCGCCAGCCGCCAGUGCUCGGCGGACGCGCGAUCCGACCGCACACCGCACUCAGGCCGCCUCCGACCACGCUAAUAUCCCGGCGACCGUCACGAAACUGACGCACGUGCGGGCGAUAACUCCACGAUUAUCGUGUUCCGUCGUCUCCGGACGCUCCAUAGUGAUGAAGCUGUUCAAGAGGAGGCUGUCGUUCAGCAGAGACAAACAGAAACGGGUUCCUAACGCGGACGAUCCUUUUGAGCACGAGGACAAAGCGCGGUUUUCGGAUACGAGUUGGCAAAUCCAUAAAACAUGGAUACGCAACGGAGAUCCGCUCCCGCUGUCGCCUCCGCAGGCACGGACUCCUGCGGCAAUCGGCGCACCCGCGGCCACUCCGACCACGCCCCUACGAAGCGACGCGAAUGGCAUCUAUGACACCAUCACCACUCGAGCGGUGAGCGCCCCAGCUACGCCAGGAACUCCGGCUUACACACGCGAACAUGGCGCGCGAUCAGCGAGUUACCCCGGUGGUGCGGGCGCCAGCAGGCUGGACCUGUGCUACGUGGCGGAACGCAUGCUGGCACUCCACCUCCAGCACAGAGAUGCACACGCAGAGGCACAGGCGGCGCAUAUGCUCUCCAAUAAACACGGAGAACACUAUAUGGUGUUUGAGGUGAGCGGUGGUGAGGAGUGCGCCGGUUUCCCUGAGGGUCGGACGGCGCGCGGCGUGUUCGGCCGCACGCACAGUCUGGGCUGGCCCGGGGACCUGGCUCCGCCGCUGGAACGCCUCUGCGCCGCUUGCAAACACAUCGAGAGCUGGCUCGCUGCCCACCCCAGGAAUGUAGCCGUACUGCUGGCAUGGGGCAACCGCGAGAGGUUAGGCGUGCUGGUGGCGGCGUACAUGCACUACUCCGCCAUCUGCGGAGCUCCCGAACACGCGCUCGACCGCUACGCCAUGCGCCGCUACCUCGACGACCGCGUGCCCGUCUUCCAACUACCUUCGAACAAAAGAUACAUAGACACUUUCGCCGGGCUACUGGCUGGACAGAUCCGAGUAAACGCCGCACCGCUGCAGCUGACGCACGUGAGCGUCGCUGGCUCACUAGCCGCCCCCUCCACCCCGACGAUCGCCUUCCUCAAAAUAUACGAGAAUUUCAUCUGCGUUUACACCUCGGGGUUGUACAUGGUGAACGGCGGCAGCUGGACCGUGGAAGUGGGGAGGCUGUCGCUGCGCGGCGACGUGCUUGUGCGGGCCUACCGGCGGCCAGCGGGUGCGGGCGGGGCCGCGGCGGCCCAGCGGCAGCUCGUGUUCGCCUGCCAGUUCCACACCUGCGCGGUGGCCGACCACACGCUCUCCCUCACUAAGCAGCAGCUCGACCACGCCGCGCACGACGCGUCGUUCCCGAGUGACGGCGCCGUGGAGCUGGUGUUCGUGCGCGGUGCGGGGAGCAGCGGCGCGGCGCCCGCCCCCACUCCCGCCGCACCCCUGCGCGCCGCGCCCGACGCACUCGCGCGGGCCGACUCGCUCGAGCACUUGCGCCCCCUCUCGGCGCUCACCGACGACGAGCCCGGUGAGAACAACGGCAGCGCCGAGGGCUCGGGUUCGGGCGGCGAGGCGGGCGAGGGGGCGGAGGGGGCGCACACGUUCGGGCCGCUCGACGGUUCCAUCUACGCGACGGUGGUGCGGCCGGGCGGCGGGCCCUCGUCGCCGCUCAGCGCCUCCAUGGACUCUGGGAUCUCGUCGGCGGGCCGCCGCGCGGCGCCCAGCCCGCCCGACGAGCUCGACGCGCUGCUCGGCGACAUGUUGCGCACGGUGAGCGCGCUGCCGGAUCCGCCGCCAGCGGUGGGCGCGCCGUCGCAGUCGAACGCCGACCGCGCGCCCGACAUACCGUACCACGCGCGCGCUGACUCGGCACCCUUCACGUACGGCGCGCCCGGCCUCCGCCCCGGCAUGCUGCGCGCCUCCAACCGCCUCGCCAGCCCCGAGCUGGUGCGCCGCGCGCUCGGCCCCGACCGCCCCUACCGACCCAUAGAGGACGACGACGACGAGCGCACCGUCACCCCCGACCCGCCCUCGCCGCGCACGCCCCUCUCGCCGCGCAACCUCCGCAAAUUCAUCCACGAACAAACGAUCACCACCACCUCGGCGACACCACGCAACUCCUCGCCGCAGCAGAACGGAAGAUGGCAGAACGGUGACGCGGAAUGGAUAGAGAGGCCUCCAAGCAGUGCAAGGAAGGCGACACCAGAGAAUGGGACAUGGCAAUCGACCAGCACCCUGGGCUGGCCCGAGAGCUCCCGAGGGCGAGAAUCUCGAAGGUCGGAGAGCAGCGCCGAAGGAAGUUCAGGUCUCACUUGGCUGCAGAGGCAACAGCAGAAGCUUCGCGAAAGGAAAGAAGCAAGGGAAAGAGUCGCUCGACUACCGCUCGAGUGGGAUACUACGUCUUCCCGACAUGUGCGCCGCUCUGCCAGCCACCGUGUGGAUGGAUACACAAGUGACACAACAGCCUUCGCCGAUGAUGAUGAAGACUUCACCGUACCUCUACACGUGAACACGCGCACGCCUCUUAGGACUGACAGUGUCAGCCCUCAAGCUCCAGACAGAACCUCGUCUAAAAAGUUCAUGUAUGAAAAGAUGACGAUGCGCGAAUGGAGUGCAAGCACCACGCCUACGAGCACCCUGACGCCCGGAUUACUGUCGCUUGCGGAGCCUAUUAACCACGAUACUAUGAGCCGAGAAAGGUCGGAGAGCUGGUCGCGCACUGAGUCCCGUAACGAAUCUCGAGCGGAGUCCCGCGCGGGCACGCCGGCCUUUCCCACGCACCCGCGCACGCCCUACCCGCCCACGCCCACGCCCACUCCCACGCCCACGCCCACCUCCAACGCCAGACCGCCGCGCUCGCCGCCCGUCACCAGGACCCACGUUACGCAACCAUUUAAGACAAUUCUACACAUAAAGGAGCGCGAGAGCAGCCCAGAAUCGGAGUACCGCACUUAUAACGGCGUGGGCAGCUUGGGCACCGGCCAGCGCCGCGGCAGCGCCGGCUCGGAGCCGCAGCACGUGGCGCCGGACCGGGUACGGUUCGCGCGCGACACCAGCCACUACUGGUACAAGCCCAACAUCUCCCGCGAUGACGCGAUAGCGGCGCUGCAGCACCUGGAGGAGGGCGCUUUCAUCGUGCGCGACUCGAACUCGUUCCCGGGUGCGUUCGGGCUGGCGGUGCGGGCGGGCGGGGGCGGGGCAGGGGGCGCGGGGGCCGUUCGCCACUUCCUCGUGGAGCCGGCGGCGCGCGGGGUGCGGCUGCGCGGCUGCCCCGACGAGCCCGUCUUCAGCUCGCUCUCCGCCCUCGUGUACCAGCACACGGUCACGCCGCUGGCGCUGCCGGUGCCCCUCCGGCUGCCCGACAGGGACCCCUGGCCGGGCGGCAGUGUGAACGCAGCAGCCCGCGCGCUCCUGGCCACGGGCGCCGCCUGCCACGUGCUGCUUCUCGGCUCGGAGAACACCGAGGCUCUAACUGGGCCAGCCGCCGUCAAACGCGCUGUUCAAAAUGUGUUACAGAAAAAGUGCGCGGCGCACGUGGUGCACCUGAAGGUGUUCGGCGGCGGCAUCACGCUGACGGACUCUGCGCGCAAGCUGUUCUUCCGCCGCCACUACCCCGCCGCCGCGCUCUCCUACGCCGGCCUCGACCCCGACGAGCGGCGCUACACGCACCGAGACGACGCCAACAACCACACCGAAAAACGCAUCUUUGCUUUCGUGGCGCGAACGUCGUUGGGGGCGGACAACCAGUGCCAUGUAUUCGCUGAACUUGAGCCAGAACAGCCGGCGACGGCUAUUGUUAACUUCGUGAACAAGGCACUACUCGGAAACACGCAAAAGAGGGACAUCAUU